AUGUCGGCUCCGGCGGAUCACGUUUUACUACGGCCAUUUAACGAUGUGACCAAAUGGGCCAAAUGUGCUUUAUUGCAAGCAGAUGGGUCCUUGGGCGACGACUACCAACAGGUUCCCCUCAGUCGAUCAUCGCAGUCGCUAUUGAGAGAGGGAGAGCGGGCUCUGCGGCGCUUGGCACCUUUGCUUGAGAAGCCAUCGCCCCAAUUGAGCGAUUUUCUCAGAGAUCUCGCAUUGCGCAACAAUGAUGUUGUGAGCCAGGUUCGGUCAAUUGACAUUUUGCUCUACGACUUUGAGGACUUUAUUGAACCUCAAACAUAUGACAAGGCCAAGUUUGACGAGCUGCAAGCGGCGACCAAAGAGUUGGCCAUCACUCUGGUCGAAAGAAUUACGAGGUUCACAACCAAAUCGGCGCUGGAUUUGCCAUCGCCGCCAUCCCAGUUUCCACCUCUUCCCCCACUCCCUCCUCUCCCCGACAUACCCAGGCCAGGCUCUCAACUAUCAUCACGUCCCUCAACCAGCAUUUCAACCUCUGGUCCUAGUUUUGGUCGGGCCCAGAGAAGGCCCUCUCUUACUCGCGCAGCAGAGCAACGUGAUGAAUCCCGCGCUCCCCCGCGGCCAGCGAGGCCCAUUGGCUAUUUUUCAUCACCCUCUCCAAUUUCACCAAGCUCAUUAUCAUCACCCAAUUCGUUACCUUUCUCGAAUCAAUCAACCAUUCCCGAACAGGAAAGGGCAACCUAUGACUACGUCCAGAGUCAUCAACGUCAGAUGAGUGCUUCAGAGUCACUUGCCAACGGUUUGCAAGGAUUGGACAUUCGGGACAUGACUCCUCCAAGCUCCGUGGCACUAUCUCCGAGAUCAACCAACUACCAGAGCUCAAUGAACCCGAGCGUCAGAGGUUCCAGCGGUUACACCUACGAAGAUACUCCACCACCAUCCGUGACUGCUGAGCUCGCUUCUGAACAGGACUGGGCAUCAGCCAUUGACCAUCAGCCGGCCGCUGUCCCGCGCAGCUUGGGCUCGCUGCCACCCCAUCUUGAGGGGCGUGCAACAAGGUUCGGAGAUUACCAGGAUUCGAAGCAAUACCCGUACGCAACUGAAGUUUCAGCGGAGCAUCAUCGAUCGUCAAUUGUGACCCAGGGAUCUGGACCAUCGAUUCGAUCAGACGCAAGCGGCGGGUCAGGGGUGAGAGCUGCGUCAAUAGCUUCGGGCGCAACAAACAAGACAGAUUCGGCGUCGGUAAAGGGCCUACAACCUCCACGAAUCGCACCCUGUGACAUUGGACCAGAUAGUUCCAUUUCCAUGUUGGGGGGAUUCUGUAAAGGAGCACGAGCCUUUGCCGCCGGAGGUCCCGGACAAGCUAUCAGAAAGGUCGGUGGUGGUUCCGACAGCACAGCGAGAGCUGGGGAGCAAUAUUCCCCAGAAAUGCUCUUUGGAUCGAUGUUGGCGACUUCAACCGAAGCCUACGCGGAACCUACCGCACAGUGCAUCCAUUGCGAGUACAAGACUCCGUACUCGCAUUUGCUUCAGGACAUGGACCAAGAUCCAUUGGCCAGCCAACAAGCCAGGGGAGUCGUUUACCGGUCUCGUUUCCUCUAUAAAUCUCACAUUGCAGUUCGAAACAUCAAUUCCGUCUACUUCGGCUGCCUCUUCUGCGAUAAAGCCAAGGCUACGAUGCGGGAGGGCGACGCGACUGUUUUCCAGACAGUUGACCUUCUCCUCCGUCACAUCUCUCGACACCCUCGGCCAUUGCCGCACAUCCCGGGCCUUGUCGUCGCUUAUGAGGACGUCGAGAUAAGCGCCAGAGGACGCCAGGACUACGAUUUAUUCUUUCCCAAUUCUACCCCUCCCACUCCUUAUAUGGGGUUUCCAGCCAGUGAAGCGGAUAGAAUCGCAUGUCUACCCGUUGCGAGGGCGACAAAAGACCACAUUCGCCGACGUAACGAGAAGCCACAGGCGAGACCCGAUUCAGUGUCAGAAGUUUUGCAGUUUUUGGCAGGGGCGAGAAUAGUCGGCGUCGAGUACCCGGAGAAGUGGGCUGGCAAAUGGUGUCAGGGAUGGCAUGAUGGGGCUUUUGGGACGUUUCCAAGCAAGAUUAUUGACUUAGAGCUCCCGCAGCAUGUGAACCCCGCAUCAUUGCCACGAUCUCCUAGAACAGGAGUAGCCAGAUGGAAGUUUGAGGCAAAGUCAAGACGGGCCGGCUGGUUAACGUUUGGAAAAGGCAACACCAUCUACAACCUUGCUUGGGAGGAUCCGCAUGCGUGGUUCUGGAGUGGUUCGGAUGCCAACGGAGAGUAUGGAAUCUUUCCCAAGUCUCAUAUCUCGAUAGAGUCCGUGCAGGAUGGGUCUCUCGGAGAUACGGGGCAAAGACAUGUUGUCAAGGAGAAGUCUCGGUUUAGGGGUCUUUUUGGUAGGUAA